AUGUCGUCGAAGGACAUUAUUGGACAGAAGUCGGCAGCCCGCAAAUUCACCGAUAAUAUAAAGAUGACGUGGUCACGCCUCCUUGACCAAACUGUCCCGCACCGGCCUCUGCGUUGGGUCAUGUUCGUCUUCAUGCUCUCGCUGUAUAUCCUUCGUGUCUAUUUCUGUGGUGGGUUUUAUGUGAUCAGUUACGUGUUGGGCAUUCAUUUACUGUUUCUUCUGGUGCAGGUUAUUACCCCGCUCGCAGAUGAGGAUUUGGGGAGUGAGGGGCAGCUCCCUCACACUGCCGCAUCUCCCGAUGAAGAGUUUCGCCCUUUCGUUCCACGGAUGCAAGAAUUUGUGGUGUGGUGUAGUAUGAUGAAGUCCGUGUUGGUUUGCACGUUUCUCACACUUUUUCGAAUUCUGGACAUUCCCGUCUUUUGGCCUGUCCUUCUCUUGUACUUUAUCUUUCUUACCAUUAUACAAGUCGGUGAGCGUAUUCGACAUAUGAUCAGGCAUCGCUACGUUCCGUGGAGUGCGGGUAAACCAAAGUUUGUGCCCAAGAGUUGA